AACCACAGAUCUAACAACAGUUUCGACAAGCGAUCACCUGUCUCCGAACCAGAUAUAUUUUACCAGAUCUACCAACAGUUUCGACAUGCGGUUUUCACCCCGGCCUCCAAACCACCGCAACUGAAGUGUGCAAAUCAAAAUCAGACUUCAACUUUUGUUUUGAUUUGGAAAGAAUUAAACUGAAUUGAAUCGUUUUCUGAAUGAAGGACCAUGAGUUAUCAGGGUUUGUAAGGGAAGUACAACUUGCAUUUCAAGAUGACAGGGAAAAGAUUGAUCAAAUUUGCAAACUCUUGGAAGAUAUGCAAUUUAGAAGAAUUGAUGCAAGUGUUUUCAAUGCAAAAAUGAACAACUUGUUUCAAAGGCAUAAAUAUUUACAUUGGGAGUUCAUCAAAAUUCUGCCCAAGGAUCCUAGACUCAUUGUAUCAGACUUUUUUAAAGCAUUAAAAGUUGUUUUUCAAGACCAUGCUGAUUAUGAUGAUUACGGGAAAAGAGAGAUUCAUGUCACAUUUCCUCGUUGGGAUGAACUUCCUCUUGACGUGCUUGAUGUUAUUUCCGGAAAACUCUAUUUUGACGAUCUCUUUCAAUUUUCUCGUGUCUGCACGAAUUGGAGAGUUUUUCAUAAAUCAAUAGAUAAAUCAACAUCCCAAGAACCACUGCUUCUUGAGUUUUUGAAUUCUCCUUAUAAGGUACCAUAUUCCUUUACUAGCCUACCCAAUCAAAAAGUUUAUUCCUUGAAGAAGAUGAUGAACAACAUGUUGAGUUACUCCGAUGUCUCCUUCCCUAUCUUUGUUACCUGUUCUAGUGGAUAUUUCAUUAUUAUAGCGGAUGAUUAUUCGUUUCUGCUUAUCAAUCCAUUUACGCGAGUAAAGAAGAAGGUAAUCUGUCCACCCACCUUUCAGUUUAGUUUCCACUCUCGACAUACAUACCGUGCAUUACUUGCUUUUGAGCAAUCCUCUGAGGAUUUUGUUUUGUUAUUUUUAUUCAGAGUGUUAAACAAUUUGCAUGUCUAUCAAUCUCGAAAUAAUGGUUGGGUUACUUAUUCCCACGAUUACGAUGACUACAAUAUUGUUGACUUUGUGGCUUUCAACAAUAUAAUAUAUGUUCUUACUGAGGAUGCCAAGAUUGGCGUACUCAAUCUCAAUUCUCCAAAUAUUGAAUUUCUCAAAAUGGUGAAUUCUCCUGACUUAGACGAUGAUUCCUCAUUAUUCCUUAAUUUGGUUACAUGUGAUGAAGAACUUUUAAUGGUUCGAUUAAAUCCAAGUUUUGAUACUUCAGUUGUUAGAACCGAUCCACUAGAGAGAAAAGCUUACAAGAUAGAGUUCUCAACCAUGAGUUACAUGAAACUCGAAACCUUGGGGGACAUUGCAUUAUUUUAUGUUUGUUUUAAAGGCUGCAAUGCAUUGAGUAACCCGAAUAGAUGGGGGUAUGAGAGCAAUUCUGUGUAUGAAGUUUCUAUGCCCGAAAAUCCCAAUUGUACUGUCUAUAGUUGGGAUAAAAAAUCCAAGAAAUACAUUGCUCCUCUUACAGAGGACAGUAUGUUUGAUUGGUAUUUUAGACAUCUAAAAACGAAGUAAAGAUUGUUCUCUCUAGUUGAGUGAAGUUGUUCACUAUGUUCCUAUUUACUUUUUGUAGUUUUUUCUGUUAUGUAACAGAAUUAUGAAGUGUAUUUUGGAUAAUUUUUUAUAAUCUAAUGUAUUCUGCAAAUUAUACAUACAUUGCAAUUUAUUUUAUGUAACAGAAUUAUGAGGU